AUGCUGUAAGCCUCAGCCAUCUGCUGCCUUCUCCCUGACACUGACAAUGGGUUGAAUGCUGUAACCCUCAGCCAUCUGCUGCCUUCUCCUGACACUGACAAUGGGUUGAAUGCUGUAACCCUCAGCCAUCUGCUGCCUUCUCCUGACACUGACAAUGGGUUGAAUGCUGUAACAGAAAAAAAGGAUGAAUAAGAGCCAUGAUUAAUAAAAGUUCCAUAAUGGUGACUGCACAAUACUGCUUAUCACUCAUUAACCAUCAUUUAAUCACAUUAGUUUAAUAAUACACUGCUCAAAAAAAUAAAGGGAACACUUAAACAACACAUCCUAGAUCUGAAUGAAUGAAAUAAUCUUAUUAAAUACUUUUUUCUUUACAUAGUUGAAUGUGCUGACAACAAAAUCACACACAAAUUAUCAAUGGAAAUCAAAUUUAUCAACCCAUGGAGGUCUGGUUUUGGAGUCACCCUCAAAAUUAAAGUGGAAAACCACACUACAGGCUGAUCCAACUUUGAUGUAAUGUCCUUAAAACAAGUCAAAAUGAGGCUCAGUAGUGUGUGUGGCCUCCAUGUGCCUGUAUGACCUCCCUACAACGCCUGGGCAUGCUCCUGAUGAGGUGGCGGAUGGUCUCCUGAGGGAUCUCCUCCCAGACCUGGACUAAAGCAUCCGCCAACUCCUGGACAGUCUGUGGUGCAACGUGGCGUUGGUGGAUGGAGCGAGACAUGAUGUCCCAGAUGUGCUCAAUUGGAUUCAGGUCUGGGGAACGGGCGGACCAUAGCAUCAAUGCCUUUCUCUUGCAGGAAGGAACCCAGGGCCAACCGCACCAGCAUAUGGUCUCACAAGGGGUCUGAGGAUCUCAUCUCAGUACCUAAUGGCAGUCAGGAUACCUCUGGCGAGCACAUGGAGGGCUGUGCGGCCCCCCAAAGAAAUGCCACCCCACACCAUGACUGACCCACCGCCAAACCGGUCAUGCUGGAGGAUGUUGCAGGCAGCAGAACGUUCUCCACGGCGUCUCCAGACUCUGUCACUUCUGUCACAUGUGCUCAGUGUGAACCUGCUUUCAUCUGUGAAGAGUACAGGGCGCCAGUGGCGAAUUUGCCAAUCUUGAUGUUCUCUGGCAAAUGCCAAACGUCCUGCACGGUGUUGGGCUGUAAGCACAUCCCCCACCUGUGGACGUCGGGUCCUCAUACCACCCACAUGGAGUCUGUUUCUGACCGUUUGAGCAGACACAUGCACAUUUGUGGCCUGCUGGAGGUCAUUUUGCAGGGAUCUGGCAGUGCUCCUCCUGCUCCUCCUUGCACAAAGGCGGAGGUAGCAGUCCUGCUGCUGGGUUGUUGCCCUCCUACGGCCUCCUCCACGUCUCCUGAUUUACAUUUACAUUUACGUCAUUUAGCAGACGCUCUUAUCCAGAGCGACUUACAAAUUGGUGCAUUCACCUUAUAGCCAGUUGGAUAACCACUUUCCAAUUGUUUUAUUUAUUUAUUUAUUUAUUUAUUUAUUUUUUUGGGGGGGGGGGGGGUAGAAGGAUUACUUUAUCCUAUCCCAGGUAUUCCUUAAAGAGGUGGGGUUUCAAAUGUCACCUGGCCUGUCACCUGGUAGCGCCUCCAUGCUCUGGACACUACGCUGACAGACACAGCAAACCUUCUUGCCACAGCUCGCAUUGAUGUGCCAUCCUGGAUGAGCUGCACUACCUGAGCCACUUGUGUGGGUUGUAGACUCUGUCUCAUGCUACCACUAGAGUGAAAGCACCGCCAGCAUUCAAAAGUGACCAAAACAUCAGCCAGGAAGCAUAGGAACUGAGAAGUGGUCUGUGGUCACUACCUGCAGAACCACUUCUUUAUUGGGGGUGUCUUGCUAAUUGCCUAUAAUUUCCACCUGUUGUCUAUUCUAUUUGCACAACAGCAUGUGACAUUUAUUGUCAAUCAGUGUUGCUUCCUAAGUGGACAGUUUGAUUUCACAGAAGUGUGAUUGACUUGGAGUUACAUUGUGUUGUUUAAGUGUUCCCUUUAUUUUUUUGAGCAGUGUAUAUUUCAUUCAUGUGACUUAGUUUUUAUUUGAUUACUUUCCUUUCCUUGACGUCAUCAUCUCAUCUCUGCUCAGACAGUAGCAGCCAGCCAGAAAACCAUCUAACCUUAUGUCUGUUUUCCCCAUUAUAGAGUAAUCCUUUUUAUCUUAAAUCAUUUGACUAGUUCUUCAAAGUACAUAAGGCAUACUUUCAAUGCUGCUUAUUACCAACUUCUACAACUAUCGAUGGAAUCGAGCCACCUCACCAGCUGUCUCUGUCUCUCUCUUCUCUGUGUUGGUUUGAUGGAGUAGAGCCACCUCACCAGCUGUCUCUGUCCUCUCUCUCUGUGUUGGUUUGAUGGAGUAGAGCCACCUCACCAGCUGUCUCUGUCCCUCUCUCUGUGUUGGUUUGAUGGAGUAGAGCCACCUCACCAGCUGUCUCUGUCCCCCUCUCUCUCUGUGUUGGUUUGAUGGAGUAGAGCCACCUCACCAGCUGUCUCUGUCCCCCUCUCUCUCUGUGUUGGUUUGAUGGAGUAGAGCCACCUCACCAGCUGUCUCUCUGUCUCUCUCUCUGUGUUGGGUUGAUGGAGUUAGAGCCACCUCACAGCUGUCUCUUUCUUUCCUGCUCUGUGUUGGUUUGAUGAGUAGAGCCACCUCACACCAGCUGUCUCCCUGUCCCUCUCCUCGCUGUGUUGGUUUGAUGGAGUAGAGCAACCCUCACCAGCUGUCUCUUCCCUCUCUCUGUGUUGGUUUGAUGGAGUAGAGCCACCCUCACCAGCUGUCCUCUGUCCCCCUCCUCUCUGUGUUUGGUUUUGAUGGAGUAGAGCCGGGGACCUCCCCAGCUGUCUCUGUCCCUCUCUCUGUGUUUUGUUUUGUGGAGUAGAGCCACCUCACAGCUUCUCUGUCCCUCUCUCUGUGUUGGUUUGAGGAGUCGAGCCCCCUCACCAGCUGUCUCUGUCUCUCUCUGUGUUGUUGGAUGGAGUCGAGCCACCUCACCAGCUGUCUCUGCUGUCUCUUCUCUCCUGUGGUUGGUUUGAUGGAGUAGAUCCACCUCACCAGCUGUCUCUGUCCCUCUUCUCUCCUCUGUGUUGUUUGAUGGAGUAGAGCCACCUCACCAGCGUCUCUGUCUCCCUCUCUCUGGUUGGUUUGAUGGAGUAGAGCACCUCACCAGGUCUCUGUCCCCCUCUCUCUCUGUGUUGGUUUGAUGGAGUUGAGCCACCCUCACCAGCUGUCUCUUGUCUCUCUCGCCCUCUUCUGUGUUGGUUUUCCUGGUGAAAAUUCUGAGCCACCUCACAGCUGUCUCUGUCUCUCGCUCUGUGUUGGUUUGAUGGAGUAGAGCCGACUCACCACUGUCCUCUGUCCCUCUCUUCUCUCUGUGUUGGUUUGAAUGGAGUAGAGCACCUCACCAGCUGUCCCUCUCUCUCCUCUCUCUGUGUUGGUUUGAUGGAUAGAGCCACCAACACCUCAACCAGCUUUCUCUGGUCCCCACUCUCUGUGUUGGUUGAUGGAGUAAGAGCCCUCACCAGCCUGUCUCUGUCUCUCUCUGUGUUGGUUUGAUUUAGUAAGAGCCACCUCACCAGCUGUCUCUGUCCCUCUCUCUCUGUGUUGGUUUGAUGGAGUAGAGCCACCUCACCAGGGUCUCUGUCUCUCUCUGUAUGUUGGUUUAGUGAUGUAGUAGAGCCCACCCUCACCAGCUUCUCUGUCUCUCUCUCUGGUGCUGGUUUGAUGAGUGAAAGAGCCACCCCCCUCACCAGCUGUCUCUGGGUCUCUCUCUGUGUUGGUUGGAUGGAGUAGAGCCACCUCAGAACCAGCUUUCUCUCUCUCUUGCUCUGUCCCCCCACCCCCCUCGUCUCUCUUUGUUUUUUUUUUAUAUGGAGUCUCUCCAGCUUCACCCACCAGCUGUCUCUGUCUCUCUCUGUGUUGGUUUGAAUGGGUUCGAGCCACCUCACCAACUGUCUCUGUCCCUCGCCUCUCUCUGUUUGGGUUGAUGGUAUAGCCACCUCACCAGGCUGUCUCUGUCUCUCUCUCUCUGUGUUGGUUUGAUUGAGGAUGAGCCACCUCACCAGCCUGUCUCUGUCUCUCUUCUCCUCUGGUUGGUUUGAUGGAUAGAGCCACCCUCAACCAGCUGUCUCUGUCCCCCUCUCUCGCAGUGUUGGUUUGAUGGGUAGAGCCACCUCACCAGCGUCUCGGUCCCUCUCUCUCUCUGUGUUUGGUUUGAUGGAGUAGAGACACCUCACCAUCUGUCCCUCUGUCCCCCUCUCUCCUCUGUGUUGUUUGAUGGAGUAGAGCCAACCUCACCAAGCUUCCCUCUGUCCCUCUCUCUCUAUGUGUUGGUUUGAAUGGAGUAGAGCCACCUCACCACUGUCUCUGUCCCUCUCGCUGUGUUGGUUUUGAUGGAGUAGAGCCACCACCUCACCGAUCUUUCUCUUCUCUGUCUCUCUCUCCUCUCUUUGUUUUGGUUUGAUGGAGUAGAUCCCACCUCACCGAGCUUUCUCUGUCCCUACUCUCUGUGUUGGUUGAUGGAGUAGAGCCACCUCACCAGCGUUCCUCUGUCUCUCUCUCUCUCUGUGUUGGUUUUUGAAUGGAUUAGAGCACAACCUCACCAGCUGUCCUCUGUCUCUCAUCUCUGUGUUGGUUUGAUGGAGUAGAAAGGAGCCACCCUCACCAGCUGGUCUCCUUGUCUCUGUCCCCUCUCUCUGUUGGUUGGUUUGAUGUAGUAGAACACAGCCCCCUCACACCAUCUUUCCUUCCCUCUCCACAUCUCUCCUCCCUCUCCUUGUUUUUGUUUUCUUAUGGAGUAGAGCCAGCUCACCUCUGUCUCUGGUCGCUCUCUCUGUGUUGGUUUGAUGGAGUAGAAAGCACCUCACCGCUGUCUCUGUACCUUCUCUUCUGUGUUGGUUGAUGGUGUAGAGCCCCCCUCAUACCAGCCUUCUCUGUCCCCCUCUCUCUCUGUGUUGGUUUGAUGGAUAGAGCCACCUCACCAUCUGUCUCUGUCCCUCUCUCUGGGUUGGUUUGAUGGAGUAGAGCCACCUCACAGCUGCCCCUUCUCUGUCCUCCCUCCUCUGCUUGGUCUGUGGUUUGAUGGGUAGAGCCACCUCACCAGCUGUCUCUGUCUCUCUCUCUGUGUUGUUUUGAUGGGUGUCAAGAGCCACCUCUCACCAGCUGUCCCCUGUCCCUCUCUCUCCUCCCCCCCCCUGUGUUGGUUGGAUGGAUGUAAAGCGGCCCACACGCACCAGCUGUCCUUGAAAUCUCUGUCUCUCCAUCCUCUCUGUGUUGGAGGGUGUGGGGGUGAUGAGUAGAGCCACCCUCACCAGUCUGUCCUCUGUCCCCCUCUUCUCUCUGGGUGUGGUUUUGAUGAGUAAGCCCCCACCAGCUGUCUCUGUCUCUCUCUCUCCUCUGUGUUGGUUGAUGGAGUAGAGAGCCACCUCACCAGCUGUCUCUGUCCCUCUCUCUCUCUCUGUGUUGGUUUGAUGGAGUAGAAGCCCACCUCACCAUCUCAUUCUCUGUCCCCUCUCUCUCUCUCCUGUUUGGUUUUGAUGGAGUAGAGCCACCAUCACCAGCUGUCUCUGUCUCUCUCCUCUCUCUUGGUUUGGUUUUGAUGGGAGUAAGAGCCCACCCCUCAACCAGCUGUCUCUGUCUCUCUCUCUGUGUUGGUUUGAUGGGAGUAGAGCCACUCAUCCGUCUCAUGUCACCAGCUGGUGGGCGUGGGGGGCCCUUGUGUCCUCUCUUCUGUGGUUGGUUUUGAUGUAGGAGUAGAGCCACCUCACACCAGCUUGUCCUGUCCCUCUCUCUGUGGUUGGUUUUUUUUUUGAUGGAGUAAAGCCAACCCUCAAACCCGCUUCUCUGUCUCUCUCUUCCUGCUUGCGCUGUCAUCCGGUUUUCCCGAAUGGGAGUAGAGAGCCACCUUCAAAACCAGCUGGUCUCGUCUCCUCAGGUACUGUCUCUCUCUGUGUUUGGUUUGAUGGGGUAGAGCCACCUCACCAGCUGUCCUCGUCUCUCUCAUCUCUCUGGUGGUUGGUUUGAUGGAGUAGAGCCACCUCACCAGCUUCCCUCUGUCUCCUCUCUCUCCUCUGUGUUGGUUGGAUGGAGUAGAGCCACCUCACCAUCUGUCUCUGGUCCCCCUCUCUCUCUGUGUUGGUUUGCUGGAUAGAGGGCCAACUCACAGCUGUCCUCCUGUCCCUCUCCUGUUUGGUUGAUGGAGUAUAAGCCACCGUUCACCAACUGUCUCUGUCCCCUCUCUCUCUGUGUUGGUUUGUGGAGUAAGAGCCACCAGCCUCACCAGCUGUCUCUGUCUCGCUCUCUCUCUGUGUUGGGUUAUGAUGGUUAGGAGCCACCUCACCAGCUGUCCUCUGGUCCUCUCUCUCUUGUGUUGGUUGAUGGAGUAGCUCCACCUCACCAGCUGUCUCUUGGUCUCACUCUCUCUCAAUCUGUGGACGUCCAUCUGCUGUAUGGGUUCCCUGGCGGUUGUGGGUUUUGAUGGCGGUAGAGCCAACGCAACUCAAGGGCAACCAGCUGUCUCUGUCCCUCUCUCUCUCUGUGUUGGUUUGAAUGGGUAGAGCACCUCACCAGCUGUCUCUGUCCCCUCUCUCUUCCUCUGUUGGUUUGAUGGAGUAGAGCCACCCACCAGCUGAUCUCUGUCUCUCUCUCUCUCUGUGUUGGUUUGAUGGAGUAUAGCCACCUCAACCAGCUUCUCUGUCCCCCCUCUCUCUCUGUUUGGUUUUGAUGGGAGUAAGCCACCUCACCAGCUGGUCUCUUCUCUGUCGCUCUCUCUCUCUCUGUGUUUGGUUUGAUGAAGUAUAGGCCACCUCACCACAGCUUCUCUGUCCCUCUCUCUCUCUGUGUUGGUUUGAUGGAGCUAGAGCCACCUCACCUACCAGCUUUCUCUGUCCUCUCCUCUCUGGUGUUUGUUUGAUGGAGUAGGCCACCUCCCAUCUUCUCUGUCCCCUCUCUCUCUCUGUGUUGGUUGAAUGGGUAGAGCCCUCAACCAGUGUCUCUGUCCCCCUCUUCUCUCUCGGUUGGUUUGAUGGAGUAGAUCCACCUCACCAGCUGGGGUCUCUGUCCCUCUCUCUCUGUGUUUGGUUUGAUGGAGUAGAGCCACCUCACCAGCUGUCGCUGUCCCCCCUCUCUCUCUGUGUUUUGGUUUUGAUGGAGUAAGCACCUCACAGCUGUCCUCUGUCUCUCUCUCUCUCUGUGUUGGUUUGAUGUAGUAAUCCCCCACCAGCUGUCUCUGUCUCUCUCUCUCUCUCUCUGUGUUGGUUUGAUGGAGUAGAGCCACCUCACCAGCUGUCUCUGUCUCUCUCUCUGUGUUGGUUUGAUGGAGUAGAGCCACCUCACCAGCUGUCUCUGUCCCCCUCUCUCUCUGUGUUGGUUCGUCAUCUCUCUCUCAUGAUUUCUCUCUAGAGAAAUGGCAAGUUGGGCUCACAAAAAAAAAACUGAACUAAAUGGAUUUCAAGUUAUUGAAAUUUCGGUUAAUCGCUCAGCACUAGUUACUCGUUGCUAUGCGUUGGUAUAUUUAAUGUUGUUUAAUGUUCGUCCUAUGUGUAUGUUUAAUUUAACCCUGAGAGUUAUCCAGCAGAUCUGCUCCUCACUAAAACAAGCUAAUCAUAGUAGGACUGGAAUUAAGCUUUCUAUUAGAAAAAAAGGUUUAUGAAACCAACCUCUCCAUCCUUUCAGGUUUAACUAUCCCUUUUGGCAGCCUAUUCUCUAUUCGCUAUAGUGCACUACUUUGAGGCGUUAGCCAGACGUGCGCUGUACGGAAUAGGUACCAUUUCAGUUUAGUAAUUUGAAUCUCUCCCGCCCUCUCCCCACAUAAGUGAUGAAGAGAUAGCUCGUCCCUGUCAACUGGAUCAUAGAGAGAAAGAAAGAGAAAAGACAAAGAAGGAAAGAAAUGAAAUACGAACAACGUAGAUAGAGGAGAUCGAGCCAAAAGGAAAGAGUAGAAAGAAAGGGAAAAAGAGAGAGAAAAGGGAAAAAGAGAGAGAAGAAGAAAGAAAGAAAGAAAAAGGAAAGACAAAAGAGAACACAGACCUCUCCCUCCCUCCCUUCAUCUCUCUCUCCCUCCUGUCCCCCUUCUCUCCUCCCACCUCACUUCCCUACACCCUGCCCUCCAUCCCUCCUCCCCCCUCUCCCUCCCUCCCUCAUUCUCUUCUCUAGAUGCAGUCAGCAUGUGGAUCAUCAGUCCAGAGGAGAGGCUGAAACAUGAUAAACAGUUUGACUCUCUAACACCUGUCCUGGGAUACUUAUCAGGUUAGUCUCCAUAUCACAUACCUGACCUGACCUGACCUUAACCGAACUUACCUUACCUUACCGUGUGUGUAUCUAACGGGUCCAAGUGUGUGUGUGUGUGUGUGUGUGUGUGAUUGUGAUAGUGUGUGUGUGUGUGUGUGUGUGUGUGUAUCUAACAGGUGUGUGUUGUGUUGUGUAGGUGAACAGGCAAAGACGUUUUUUCUUCAGUCUGGCCUGCCCCCUCCUGUCCUGGCUGAGAUCUGGUGAGACAAACACACAUCCCUCCUGUCUGGACUCCGGCCCGUCCCCGGGUUAAACCAUGUUGUAGUGUGUGUGUGUGUGUGCUGUAAUCAGAGCUCUGAACGGAGGAUGUGGAAUCUGGAUCUACACUACAGCAUGGUUUAUGGAAGCUUUAUAACCUCCUCUCUCCUCCCCCCAGGUCCCUAGCUGAUAUGGGUAGUGACGGGAGGAUGGACCAGCUGGAGUUCUCUAUCGCCAUGAAGCUGAUUAAACUGACGCUGCAGGGGCGGGGCCUUCCCCCCUCUCUACCAAUCAGCAUGAAGCAGCCGCCCACUACCACGCCCACCUCCAUUAUGACGUCAUCAGCACGCUUCGGUAAGACCGGACGGAUUGUGACCUCAGUGAUCAGGGCAUAAAGAGGCUCAGAGUAGCAGCGCUGAUAUAGGAUCAGGGCAUAAAGAGGCUCAGAGUAGCAGUGCUGAUCUGGGAUCAGGGCAUAAAGCGGCUCAGAGUAGCAGUGCUGAUCUGGGAUCAGGGCAUAAAGCGGCUCAGAGUACAUUACAAUUACAUUUUAGUCAUUUAGCAGAUGCUCUUAUCCAGUGCAUUCAUCUUAAGAUAGCUAGGUGGGACAACCACACAUCUCAGUCAUAGUAAGUACAUUUUUCCUCAGUAAAGUAUCUGAUCUAGGGUCAGGUCCCCUCUAGGAUCAGCACUACUCUGAGAGGCUUUGGAGAGUCAGUGGAAUAA